ACAACACAUAUAAACCUCUGCACUCCUCCGUGGAAAGCAUACAAACAGGCCAUCUGACCAACAAGAAUUAAGCAUUUCCGAGGACCAGUUCAAGAUAAUUCAAAACUCAAACGAUGGAGAUGUACCAAGCUGGAUAUUACACUGAAGAUUUCAGAACACAGGAAGUCCCUGCUGGUUUUGAUUUUGGAUCAUAUGACUGCAGUGGUGAAGACCUGUCCUUUCUAUUAGACAGCAAGGGACCAGGGCAGCUGCAGUACACGGACACGUACGGAGAACCUCAGAAAGACCUGCAGACGUUUGACGCAAAAGGUAACUCUAAUGGAUCGGGCCUACUCAACUUGGAUGCCUACCCAGAAUUCAAUUCCUGGAUGUCAUCUUAUGCCAGCACGCCAGAGGCCGUUACUUCGGAGCAGCCACAAGCUGGGUACCAGGACUCCAGCUCCACGUUCCAAAGCUUCACGCCGCUGUGUACCCCCACCCAAAAUGGGGCUUUCGCUGCUGGCUUGAAGGACGUGACUGGCCUCUACAACCCUGAAAAGGAGACGAGUCACGGAGGGGCCGCAGGAACAGUCAAUCUGGAUCACCUCACAGGUGACCCAGUGAGGAACUAUGGUCUCUAUGAAACAGACGUCCAAGGAAGGCCCUCGCAAUACUGGACUGCGUACUCCCCUCCCAGCUACUGCGCACCCUUAUCUAACCACACUCCAUCUUGUGGAUCCCCUGCUGCACUCCAGCCCUCAGAGCCAUACUGCCCUCGUGUGGUCAAACGGAGAAGUGGCCCCUCACAAAGACUGGAGAAGGAUGGCGAGGUGGUGACAAGCAUGUCCGCGUAUCCUGGCUCGGGGCCGAUUCAGUUGUGGCAGUUCUUACUGGAACUCCUUUUGGAUUCAUCCUGUCGCACGUUCAUCUGCUGGACAGGAGACGGCUGGGAGUUUAAGAUGUCCGACCCUGCAGAGGUAGCCAAACGCUGGGGCCAGUGCAAAAACAAACCCAAAAUGAACUACGAGAAGCUGAGCCGAGGCCUUCGCUACUACUACCACAAGAACAUCAUCCACAAAACCGCCGGGAAGCGCUACGUCUACCGCUUUGUCUGCGACGUGCAAGGCAUGCUGGGAAGGACAGCCAGGGAGGUGCUGGCCAGUUUAAACGUCACCCCGCUGAACGCGCCAUCACCCAGCCAGGCUCUGGGGGCCCCGUCAGUAAAGCAGGAGAAAAGCACAGAGGCCUGGACUCAUUAACGCGACACGACACACUCAUAGACUUAUAAGCGCUUCACAACAACUGUCAAGCAGAGUCCAGCAGAGCUGUGUGAUCCUUCAGAACUGUGAUCGGUGGGGUCCGCAACCAAUAAUUGUUCUUCUGGAUACGUGAAUGUUCUCUCUGACCUAAAAUGUAGCAACAGCCACGACCUUACUGUGAUUACAUCAGUCCUUAAACAAACAUCCGGUUGAUUUUUGUUUUGGUCCUUUAUGCUCUUCAGAUUGUGGCAGUGUGGCACUUGUGUUUAUGAGCACAAUGUAAAUGUCUCCUGGUAUGUGUAGGUAUGAGUGAGUUUUUUUUCUAAUGUUUCUAUACUCUUAGAAUAGAGGCGCUUAUGGUCACAUUCAAACAAGCAUUAAUUUCAAACGAGUUGCUAUCCUAGGAUUUGGUGUAAUUUGAUAUUCACGCAGAGGUGUGAACUAUGACCUCUUUAUUUCAUUACCUACCUCUCUUGCUUGAAAUAAAGGCAUCCAUUAUUUGAAGGAAGCCAAUGCUAGCUGUUUCAUCAUGAGAAAAUGUUUGAGAUAUACUUUGUAAAACUGAAAUGUUUGUAAAUAAAGUGUACAUAGACUUGAAUAUUUCUGUUGUAUUUUGUUGAGUUUAUAUAGUAGUGUGGAUUUUUAGAAAACAUGAAUUACUGAAAUCGUAUGUUACUGCCAUGUUGUAGAUUUUCUGUGAGAUUUUCUGUGGGUAACACUAUGCAUACAGUAUACUAUAUAUUAAUGGAUUACCAUGAUGACCUGUCAUUUAUAAAGCUGUAUUAAAGGUGCUGCAAGCAAACGUACACAAUUUCAAGGUGAGCUACCUCUCUGGUGUGAUCUUUCAAUUAAAAUAUGAUGUACGUUGUUCUGAACAAAAGCAUCUGCUAAGAAAUGUAAACAUAAACAAAUGUGACCUCAUGCACUAUCGCGACUGCAUGUUUCAGUGGAUAGGUAUGUUGUGCUAUUUUCCCUCAAGAAAUAGGCCUAUAAUCAUGUCUAUAAUAACCCUUUCAAUCUAAGCCAUUUUUUUUUAGCACUGCAAGGGUGAACUGUGAACAGAGAAUGAGAACAGGGUUGCUGACAACCAAAAUCUCUUUGGAGAAUAAAUCAUAGAGACCCCUUCAAUCUAUUUCUAGACAAUUUCCGCUUGAAAAACCAACAAAGACUUUGAAAUGAAAAUGCUCUGCUUACAUUUUAUUGUCCAUAUUUAUUACUGGUCGCUAGACUUGAAUCCGGCACUGUUGGACUUACUUGCACACCCCUCAUACUCAAUCACA